AUGUCCUCUCAGUUCGCUGUCGUCUCCUUCACCCCCUUCCCCCAGCAGCAGCGCCGCAUGUCCGCUUCAAAGUACAUUGAGCGUCGCAUUAUCUGCGCCUGGAAGGCCCUCAACCGCCGAAGCCGUCGCCACCGCCGCACCUCCGUCGUCCCCGAGGACUUCGUCAUCCUCACCGGCCGCCGUCGCAGCGUCCGCUACGUCUGA